UUUAGUUUGCUCGGCGUUAUGGAGACGAUGACUAGGACGUCGCUUCCGCUCGAGUGCCUGCGCUGCUACCGACGUUCGACGACCGACCUCAUUGCGCCCUGCAGCUGCGCGUCGUACGUCCACCGCGACUGCUUGGCCGCGCGUCGCGUCCUCAACGCGUCCGCAGUGACGCACUGCAAGGCCUGUGGCGACGCGUACGAUUUGUACGAAUUGCCUGCUGAAGCGGCCGAGUACACGCGCCGCCUCCGCCUUGCGCAGCUGCUCCGCGUACUCGCUGUGCUCCUUGCCGUGACGUUCGGGUGCGUCAUGAUCUACUGUGUCGAGGAGAGCACGGCCAAAAAGUACCGGAACGCAUGGACCGACGAGGAUCGCGCGCUCAACGAGUGGCUCGCGUCGAUAUGCUGUCCGCGCUUCGUGGCCCAUUUUGUCAUCAGCCUUGUCUUUACGGCGAUCGCGAUGGGCCUCUUCCUGGGCUGCCUCCUGCUCUCGCCGACGAUCGAGCGCUGCAUCAACGCGUGCAACCGUCGGUGCGGUCGCCACGGUGUCACGAUCUUUGCUCUGUGUUUGAUUGUCCUUGUCAUUGGCUCGAUGCGCCUCGUCGGUCUCUACAUGGUGCUCAUGGCGCUGACCGGCGUGCUUGGCGCGGCAGCUAGCGUUGGUGCCACAAGCCGCAUCUACAAGGUCCAAGUCCAGUACCGUCACGUCCAAGACCGGCGAGAGGUGGUCGACGGCGCCGACGUUAGUCUAGCGUAGAGCCAGGCGCCCAAGGACGUUCAAGGAACGGAAGACGUGGUUGACAAGUCGUCCACUUUGACUGCAAGACCUUUUCAAAGACACCUAUCGACAGCCUGUACGCCCAUGCCAGAGCGACG